AUGAAUAAAGAAAAACCAUUUAUUGAUCCUAUUGUAACUUUAUCUAUUGAGUUACUUCCCGAAUUUGGAUUUACAGUACAAGAUGAACCUAUGUAUGGACCUGGAUCUGUUUUUCAAGGUAUCGUUCAUCUUAGAAUGAAGGAGUCUCCUUUAGCAGCAGAUAAACUUAUCCUUACAUUUAGAGGUGCAGAAUAUGCAUCUACAAUUCAUGAUGGCCAUAAAUUUUUAGUUCCUUUAACUAAAAAUCCAUUCUUUGGUAUGCAACAGACUCUUUGGCGUCGUACUCGAGAUGAUUGUUUAUUAACAGAAAGUCAUUAUCAAUUCCCAUUUACUAUUCAAAUGCCAAUGAUUCAAUUUCCACCUUCUAUGGAACAUAUUCUCUAUCAAUGUAAAUUUCAUUUAUCAGCUAAAUUAGUACGUACUACUUUUACAUUACCUACUGUCAUGACACAACAAACCAUUCGUUAUAGACCCUUUAUUGAAACAAGCUUAUUAAAACAACCUAUUAUAGAAGAAGGUUAUGAUCAUGGCCUCUUUGCAUCUGUCAGACUUCAUUCGUUGGAUUAUGUACCUAGUGAUAGUGUGCCAGUCACGAUUAUCACAUCACGUCGUCACCUGAAAACAAAAGAAGAAGAACCAGCUACUAGAAUAAAAUCAAUCCUGCUAGAACUAUGUGAGACUGUCAGUCUUGUUUCAUAUCAAGCAGCUUCCAUUACACGAGUAUGUGCCUCUAAAUUAUUUAAACCGUCAUCGUCAUCAUCAACAACAGCUGAUGCUUAUUCACUUGUCAAAACUCAACAUGGUAACGGUGCAGAAUAUAAAAUGACUUUGACUUUACCGCCUGAUUUAAUUCCCUCUAUCAAUUAUUCUAAAAUUGUUCAUGUUGCUUAUACGCUUAGAAUUAAGAUUAAGAGUAGUAGAUAUCAUCGUUAUUAUUGUAGUAAUAAUACGACUACUUCUCUUUUAUUAGAACCAUUUCAUUUAUUACAACAACAACCUACUGUCUUGAUGGAAAUACCUUUAAAGAUAGGAACAUUAGGUUAUGGUAUUAGAGCUUCACAAGAUUUAAAAUUAUAUUAUCAUAAUGAUGACAAUACUGCUGCUACUGCUACUGCUACUGCUGCUGCUACUGCUACUGCUUUGACUGAAGAAAGUCCUGAAGGAUCCUCAAUACCAAGAUUCCUAAGAUCAAUAGAGUAUGAAGAUGCUUUACCUCUCUAUGAUUCAACUAAAUUACCUUCCUAUGUAGCCUCAACUACAGCAUAA